AUGAAGUUCCUCAAGGUCGGCCGUGUGGCCAUCAUCUCGCGUGGUCGCUAUGCCGGAAAGAAGGUCGUGAUCGUCCAGCCUCAGGACAAUGGCAGCAAGGCCCACCCGUUCCCUCACGCUCUCGUCGCCGGAAUUGAGCGCUACCCACAGCAAAUCACCCGCCGCAUGAGCAAGGCCCGACAGAGCAAGCGCAGCAAGGUCAAGCCUUUCAUCAAGGUCAUCAACUACAACCACUUGAUGCCCACACGCUACACUCUCGAGCUCGAGGGCUUGAAGGGUGUUGUCACCAACGAGACCUUCACCGAGAUCACUCAGCGCGAGGAGGCAAAGAAGACUGUCAAGAAGGCUCUGGAAGAGCGCUACGUUAGCGGAAAGAACAGGUGGUUCUUCACCCCACUACGAUUCUAG